AUGGCCGUUAAAACUGAUAUGAGCAAGGCUUAUGAUCGGCUUGAAUGGGAUUUCAUUAAAGAAGAUAUGGAAAGAAUGGGUUUCCACCAAACCUGGAUCCAAUGGAUCAUGCAGUGUAUCAAUAUUGUGGAAUACUCAUCCCUUUUGAAUGGACAGGCCCGCGGAUCAGUCACCCCUGAGAGAGGCAUCCGUCAAGGUGAUCCCCUCUCUCCUUAUCUGUUCAUUAUUUGCAGCGAGGUUCUGUCUGGUUUAUGCUCUAAAGCCCAAUCACAAGGUAACUCAAUCCCUCUCUGGACUAGCCUGUGGCUUACAACCCCAAUGGGACCUCCAACUGCGGAAACCCACACAUGGUCAGUGGCGGAUCUCCUUACACCAUGUACAUCCUCUUGGAACAUUUAUCAUCUCAACAGAGUGCUACCGGCAUAUAAAGAUGACAUCUUAAAGCUUAAACCUAGCAAGAAAGGCGCCCCAGACAAGUGGGCAUGGCUACCAUCAUCUGAUGGGCAAUACACCACAAAAGCAGGUUACAAUGCAAGUCAAUCAUACAAACAAUGUCCACCUCCCUCAGGUAGUUCCCUGCACCCUGAUAGCUUUAGCUGGGAAAAAAAUAUUUGGAGUAUUAAGGCAUCACAAAAAGUAAAACUCCUGAUGUGGAAAAUUUUACAACAAGCCAUUCCAGUGGGAAGUAAUCUUACUCACCACAAUAUCUCGGGGAAUGUUAAUUGCCUGCAUUGUACCGGGAUCGAGUCGGAACUCCAUCUGUUCUUCACUUGCCCUUUCGCGACUAAAGUCUGUGAUUUGGCCCCCUUCAGUACCGCCUUCGUCCCUCAACUGAUAACAUCAACCUCUGAAGGCAUCAAGACAGUAAAUCAGUUGGUUUGCUUACCACCUACUGGCGUUGGCGGUGGUCCCCUGACCCCAUGGAUUCUCUGGGUCCUAUGGACUUCUCGCAACAAGCUUCUAUUUAAUAAGGAACAGAUCCUACCGGAAGAUGCCCUCCAUCUAGCUACCAUCGGAGCGAAAGAAUGGCAAGAAGCCCAAUCCAAAAAAGCUACAAACCCCCCACCAGUUAAAAUCCCUCUCCCUCCAAGCGGGAUAUACCAAAGCAACAACAUGGUCACCUGUUUCACAGAUGCCUCAUGGAUAACAGCACCAAAAGCAGGACUUGGCUGGGUUUUCAAAGAUCGGAAUGAUCACAUCCUCCUACAGGGCUCAGAUCUGGUGGAUCAUGUCCACUCCCCGUUGAUGGCCGAAGCGGCGGCAACUCUCACCGCAGUGGAAGUUGCAAUUGCUUCGGGUUUCACACACAUCUCUUUUGCCUCGGACUCUCAAUUGUUAGUCAAGGCCUUGAAUGCGAAGUUCCACUCGAAAGACAUUCACGGGAUUCUCCACGACAUCCUAGAUCUCUCAAUCUGUUUCUCUGUUUGUAAUUUAUUUUUCAUCCCUCAGAACCAAAACUUGAUCGCUGACAAUCUCGCGACACAAGCCCGUAGUUCAACUCUCCCUCUUGUGUAG